AUGCCUUUGAUAGAGGAGCUUCCUACCAACGCGACCGUACGGCCUUCGCACGGCUGGACUUAUGUUGCCGACAGUGGAACUGGGACACCUCUCCCCACUGCCCCUCUCAAAUCGCGAAAGCGUGGCCGCGACGCCGGUGCCGCUAUAACUACACAAGCGGCCCAGAGGCUAUCUGCAAAACAAGAGAAAGCAAUACAACAGCGCCUGAACGACCUGGCAAAGGAGAACCACAGAGACGUACACAUUCCUAUACUGAAACGAGAAGGCGGCCGAGUAGGCAAGGAGCGCAAGACCACCCAGAAUGUCCGCAGGAUCCUGGCUUACAGCAGGACCUUCCAACAUUACUUGGCGGACGAGGAGGCGGGUGCGAAUGUCUACGGCAGUGCUGGGGUUGUUACUGCGACGUCUACUUCGGCCACUCACUCUGGACAGGCAUCUGGUGGACGAACAGAUUCGAAGAAGAAAGGGACAGUCAACGAAUCAUCAAAAACCGCACAAAAGAAAUCUCAACCUCCGGCCCCUAAACGGGCGGGGUCGCUCAAGCAAACAGCACCUGGGCAGGUACCAUCCACUCUCGUGAAGAAAGAGAAAUCAGAGACGGGGGAAGAUGUUCGCACGAGCCAAGCACCAGCGUCCUCCUCGUCUCCUACAUUAGUAUCCAAGUCACCCACGAGCUCGAUGCACAAAUCACCACAACAAAAACAGUCUCAACAACAAUCCUCGCCAUCUACAACUACUCUCGCGCCCAAUUCGCAGCCGCCCUACGACCCUGCGCUGGACCACGACCCCCUCCUCAAAACCCUAGACCUGCCCAGAAUGCCUUCGGAACGUCUCAUGGCCACUCUCCUCGCAGAGCCCCCGCUCAGCUAUACAGCCGCGCGCGCAAAACCGCUCGAUGAUACCUCGAGCACCAGAGGCGGCAGCAACAUUCUUCUUGCAAAACCACCCCGAUACUUCUGUGCUAUUUGUGGCUAUUGGGGAAAAGUCAAGUGUAAGAGAGGGUGUGGUGAGAGGGUUUGUGGUAUCAUGGAGUGUUGGAAGGCACAUGCAGGGGUUUGCACCAUAAGUGCCUACUGA